UUAGACAUCUGUCACAUCGUCUGCUUCAUUCCUCGAAUUUUCCACUCAGUCAAAGGAAAAAUCAUAAAUUUCGUCUAGCCCCCGCGGAUUUCUUGCUCGUUCCUUCGCAAUCAUUCGGCGUAGUGGUUGCUGUGAAGGCUCUGAGCACGGACACAGCGGAGGCCGCGCCGCUAAAGAAGAUGGUGAAGGCUAUUAGGGUUUACGAGCAUGGCGGUCCUGAGGUUCUGAAAUGGGAGGAUGUGGAAAUAGGGGAACCGAAGGACGGUGAAAUACGGGUGCGGAACAAAGCCAUUGGGCUCAACUUCAUCGAUGUUUAUUACCGGAAAGGUGUUUACAAGCCAGCUUCCAUGCCUUUCACUCCAGGCAUGGAGGCUGUCGGUGAGGUUGUAGCUGUAGGCCCAGGAUUAACCGGCAGGAAGGUGGGCGACGUAGUUGCUUACGCUGGAAAUCCGAUGGGCGCUUAUACUGAAGAACAGAUCCUUCCAGCUGAUAAAGUUGUUCCUGUUCCUCCCUCGAUCGAUCCUAUCGUCGCAGCAUCAAUCAUGCUCAAGGGUAUGACGGCUCAGUUCCUACUUCGUCGUUGCUUCAAGGUUGAACAUGGGCACACAGUCCUUGUUCAUGCUGCAGCUGGUGGAGUUGGGUCUUUGUUGUGCCAGUGGGCUAAUGCCCUCGGUGCCACCGUCAUUGGCACUGUCUCUACCAAUGAGAAAGCAGCUCAAGCCAAAGAAGAUGGAUGCCACCAUGUUAUCAUGUACAAGGACGAGGAUUUCGUAGCUCGUGUCAGUGACAUUACAUCGGGCAUUGGGGUUGAUGUAGUUUAUGAUUCGGUUGGAAAGGACACCUUCAAGGGAUCGUUGGCUUGUCUGAAGAAACGGGGGUACAUGGUGAGUUUUGGCCAGUCCUCGGGAACUCCGGACCCCGUCCCACUGUCUGACCUUGCCCCAAAGUCUCUGUUCUUGACUAGACCCUCCAUGAUGCAUUACAAUGAGACCCGGGAUGAGCUCUUGGAAUGUGCUGGUGAGGUUUUCUCGAACGUAGCUUCCGGCAUCUUAAGGGCUCGGGUGAAUCACAAGUACCCGUUGUCUCAGGUUGCUGAUGCACAAGCAGACCUCGAGAACAGGAUAACUUCCGGUUCUGUUGUGCUGUUACCCUGAAGUGCUGUUACCCUGAAAAACCAAUGUAGCAACUGUUCUUGAUGUUAGCAUCUUCAAUAAUGGCACUGAAACUGUGUUUUUGUGAUGAGAUAUGGUCUAAUGUACUGUUUGAGUUGUGAUGGGUUUCUGUUCAGAUGA